AAACGGAGCACGCUGCACGGUGCUUCCAGACCCUAGAAACUGCUAAAAUCACACAUUUUGAGAGGGAACAAACACCGUGAGAAGACGAUGCUUCGAAUCAUCUUUAAAAAUGCUUCACAGAGCCGAAGCAAACCGCAAUCAUGUCCAUUCUUCUCCAUAAUCGCACGCUCGUAUUCGCAGCUCCACUCGCAGAGCCAGCGGCCUUCAUUUGGCAUUGCGUUUGAUAUCGAUGGCGUCGUUUUACUCGGUAACACUCCGAUCGGGGGCUCCUCGCAGGCACUCAAAAGAUUAUAUGAUGAUUGCGGUAAAUUGAAGAUUCCCUACAUUUUCUUGACAAAUGGAGGUGGAUUUCAUGAAUCUAAAAGAGCCUCUGAAUUAAGUGAACUAUUGGGCGUAAAUAUUUUACCAUCACAGGUUGUCCAGGGACAUUCACCUUUCAAGCAGCUGGUAAAAAGAUUUGAGAAUGAACUUGUUAUUGCUGUUGGCAAGGGAGAACCUGCUGCAGUGAUGUCUGAAUAUGGCUUUAAAAAUGUUCUUUCAAUAGAUGAGUAUUCAUCCUGUUUUGACAACAUUGAUCCCCUGGCACAAUAUAAGAAAUGGUCAACUAAGCAGGAAGUUGAUCAAAAUAGCACUUUGAAGAUGAAAAACACUGUUUACUCACAGAGAGUUCAGGCAGCAUUUGUUGUUAGCGAUUCUGUUGACUGGAGCAGGGACAUUCAGGUUCUCUGCGAUGUUUUAAGAACUGGAGGUCUUCCUGGAAGGGAAACUGGACAUCAACCACCUCUGUAUUUUGCUAAUGAUGACCUUGAAUACCAGGCUGCUUUUCCUUCUGAACGUCUUGGGAUGGGAGCUUUCAGGAUUGCAUUAGAAGCCAUCUUCAAUAGAAUCCACCCUAAAGCUCUGGAAUAUACAUCAUUCGGGAAGCCGAGCCCGUCUGUGUUCAAGAAUGCUGAAACCAUAUUGUCACAACAUGUGUCAUCUCUCCAUCAUAACCUUGAGGCUGAGAAUCAUGGAAAUGCUGGAAGUCAUCCUUUCAAAACACUGUAUAUGAUAGGAGAUAAUCCUUCAGUUGACAUAAAUGGUGCUCGUCAGGCAGGACAUCCAUGGUUUUCUAUUUUGACAAGGACCGGGGUUUUCAAGGGAAAGGAAAAUCAUGCUAAAUUUCCAGCAGAUCUGGUUGUCGACACUGUGGAGGAGGCAGUGGACUUUAUAUUGACAAAGGAGUGCAGCUCAUGAAGCUUCUACACCCAUACAUUCUUUCCCAAAGUAAUAAUUAUUUUGAAAAGUGUCGGAUCAAAAAAAAAAAAAAAAAAAAAACAAAAGAGAGGGAGACAACGAUACGACUAAAAGGAAAAGUAAUAGGGAAAUGUUUAUUUAGAAAUAACGUUCCAGUUCCUUGGCCCUAUAGGGAUGUGGGCUGGAGAGGAUUUCUUGGAAAACUAUAUGGCCUAUAUGGAGAACUGGACUGGGGUCAUUCAACUGAGAAUGUAAUUCACCUUUUUUGAGAGGUGAAACUGGCAGGAUCCAGUUUUGAUUCAAAACAAGCUUCGUCA